CUGUUCGCAGGAUCACUGUUCUACAAACUUGGGGGUCAGUACAACCAACAGAAAAUGAACUCGGUAAGGGCACUUGGGUUUGUAUCCACCAUGAGCAUAAUGCUCAUAAAUCUGGUGCAGUUUCCUUUGUACAUGCUACAAAGACCUAUAUUUUACAAGCAUAGGGCAAAGAGAUUCUUCAGAACUUCUUCCUACGUAGUAGCUCAUUGCAUAGUCAAUUUCCCUCAGACCUUCAUAGAAGCAUUGGUAUACACUCUGUGUGUUUACUUUCUAGCCGGGCUAUCAUUGGCAGGAAAUGUGACACCAUUUCUCGAGUAUCUGGUUCUCUUGUUCUUAGUAGCAUACUUUGGUUCAUCAGUUUUCUUCUUUCUAAGUGCCAUCUCCUCAAUUCCAGAAGUUGGAAACAGUUUGGCAGGUCUAUUAGUUUCCAUCUUCCUACUCUUCAGUGGCUUUGUGAUCUAUCCAUCCAAUGUCCCAACUUACUGGAAAUGGCUCAUCUAUGUGAAUCCAAUUCACUGGGCUAACGUCUUGUUUUGCAAAUACCAAUUCAGUGAGGGCUACAGAGACCCCUGCUCAAACUACCGUACCCAACUUCCUUUCUGUGACCAGUUCCCAACAAUGACAGUAGGAAAAGCUUACCUGACCUUUUAUGAGCUUUCUGAAGAUGCCAAAAGAACUUGGUUACCUUAUGCUAUUCUACUGGGGUGGAUAGUGCUCGCCAACUUCUUGGCAUUAUGGGGGUUAAAGAAUAUAGAAUUCACAGGAACAAGCCAGUCAUUACCUUAUCUCAGAAAGACUCCAAAAAUUAAAGAUUAUGAUGAUGAUUCAGAGAGUGAAUUACAGACGCAGAAUACAAAUGGCAACAGUUUGGAUGAAUUUUCCAGAUAUUCUGCCCCACAGAACUUAUAUUCAGAACAUGACCAUCCAAAUACUAGCAUCAAAGAAUACCAUAUUGAUAUGGAGGAGAGUGGACUCGGCAUUCCAGUGGAGCCGGUGACUCUCCUAUUUGAGAAUCUGUCAUUUUCCAGGUAUGUAGAAGGAUCAAAUGAGAGUACACCAGUUUUCAGCUACAUCACAGGCUAUGCUAAACCCCAGAACAUGUUAACCCUAUUAGGUGGUUCUAGAACAAGUAAGGCCACACUCCUUAAAUGCUUGGCAGGAAGAAUACCUCUAAUUGGCAGCUUCAACGGCAACCUCCAGACAAGUGGCUUCGAGACAGGUGCUUCUUCUAGAUUAAUAGGUUAUGUUGAGAAGCUCGAUGCUCACCAACCUUACCUCUCUGUACGAGAGUCCCUUCAGUUCAGUGCUGCACUUCGUCUUGGAAAAGUAAUUAGUCCCAUGAACCGUCAUAUCCAUGUCGAGCUGGUCCUCAACCAACUUGGUUUACUUCCCUAUUGCAAUCAACUGGUUGGCUCCCUUCGUGAUGCCACUGGAAAAACAUUUGAAAUAGCCAAAAAGAUUACCAUUGCGGUUGAGCUGGCAGCAAACCCAAGUAUUCUCCUCCUUGAAGAACCAGUUUCUGGCCUUGAUACCACUGGAACUUUGAACAUUCUUAAUAUUCUCUCUCAAGUGUCAAAUUCAGGACGAACCAUUGUUGUCUCUCUAACACAUCCUAAUGCACGCACACUGUCCUUCUUUGACCUGGCUCUCAUUCUAACAAAGGAAGGGAAUCAAGCAUAUUUUGGUCCCACAGGAUCCAACUGUGACAAAAUGUUGGAAUAUUUUACAUCAAUCUGCAAGACCCCUCCGUAUUCAAGAAGAGAAAGUCCAGUUAGCUAUAUCAUGGGGGCUCUUGGCUUAGGAAUAACAAAGAGGGGUAAUCCUUCAAUAAAUUUUGCAGAAAUUUACAAGGCUAGCACCUUGCAAGAGACCAACAAUAACGAAAUUUCCAUUAUAAAGAAGUUCACCAAGAACAAGAAAUCAAAGAAUCCAUUUGCUACUUAUCCAACUCCAUAUUCUCUGCAAGCUGUUCUGGUACUGCUAAGAACCCAAAGAUUCUUAUGGAGGAAUGUACAAUAUACAUAUGGUAGACUUACAGGAUGCAUUAUGAUUGGUCUCCUAAUGGGUUCUCUGUAUUUUCAAAUUGAAUACAGUGAUACAUACGGUGCGACUUCACGUUCACUUUACAUCUACAUGCAAGUAAUACUCAUAGGUGUGAUCUCAGCCAACAAUGUUAUUCCCCAAAUUGGCACAGACAGGUUGGUGUACUUUCGAGAGAAAAGGUCUGGAAUGUACCUUCCAAUCUUUUAUCCGCUAUCAUGGGCAGUGGGGGAGAUUCCUUACUUUUUCAUUGCAACACUUGCAGUAGCAGGGAUUGGGAAUGGCAUGGCAGGGAUUGGAACAGGAUCAGCUGCAGAAUUUUUCAAGUAUUGGAUUGUGUUAUUCAUGUUCACACUCUGUGUAACUUAUUUCGGAAUGAUGAUCACAUUCCUAGCACCAGUGCCAACACUAGCUGCUUUUGCUGUGUCGAUAGUAACAUCACUGUGGGUGUCUGCCUCUGGAGUGGUCGUUGUCCUAUCUGACAUAAAGUUCUAUCAGUGGAUGUAUUGGACAAAUCCAUUCCAGUAUGCAAUCAAUGCGAUGACUGCUAUCAGUUUUUACUGUGAUACAAAGAACUGUGGAUCAGAAUGCCGGUGCCCAAGAUUGCCAGAUGGUUCUUAUGUGUGGGAUAGACUGGCAACAGGGAGAAGUUUGAGCUAUGAAAGGAUAGAAAAAGACAUACUCAUAUUGUCAGCAAUGUGCGUGCUAUUUUCCAGCCUUGCUUUCUUAUUCUCUGUUGUGCUGAAGCACAACUCACCCCCUAAUGUAUAGCAUGAUCAUAUGGAUCUUAUAAUGGCAAAGAUUGAAACAUAUAGAUGAAGCAAGCUUCUACAUCGAAUAACACAAAGAAGCAUCUACUCUGGAAAGUAAUUGAGACCACACAAGAUAGAUCAGAAGGAAGCACUCAAAAGAAAGAAAAAACAUAAAAUAUUCCUAAAAUGGCAGAUUGAAGUAACAAUGUAACAUUACCAUGAUCUUCCUAUUUCAACAUACAUAUGAUUAUCUUUUUUUUUACUCUAUUUUAAUCUAUCUAC